AUGGAACAGGAGAGAUUUAGUGAGGAAUAUGGUGAAAACAGAGAGAUCAGUCAGCUCACCAAAGAAGAAAAAGCAAAAGCCUGGAAGCUGGCAACUAACAAUACGAAUGAAGGGGCUCUAGGAGCAUACAGAAUAUCUGCCAGAAAUCAUCCAUCAAUGAACACCAAGACUUUCAAUGCAAAGGCAAAAUACUCACAGAACAACACUGAGGACUUCAUUGAAGCUAAGCUUGCCAGAGACAAAGAACAAGCUUAUCUUUGCCAGGUUGUGUGGGAUAUACUUCUUAGGAAACGAGAUAAAAAACAAAGAGUCAACAUUUCCAAGCAGUACGAAGCAGAAGUUACAGCAAAGCAGCAGAGGAUCCAGGAGCAGAAGGACAAGCAAAGCAGUCAGUCAGAGUAUCUUGAAGAAUUAACACUCAAAUUGGACAAAGAUCGAGUGUGA